AACAGUUGUUGCGAUGACUUCUGCAGAGCCAUGGACAGCUCCAGCAAUAUUCUAUCCAUUCGGCUCGGCUGUAGGAGACACUGAAUAUUCUGAAACUGGUUCUGAAAACCACGUUUCUGUUGCUCUUUCCACCCCAUUUACAUUCUUUGGCCACACAUACAACAGCUUAUACGUUAUUUAUAAUGGACUCCUGACAUUCACAAUGACAGCAACAUCAGGACCUACCUAUAGUCCCUUCAGAGGACAAGAAGAUUUCAUUGCUGCGCUCUGGAAUGACUUUGAUGAUUAUUACACUGGCUUGAUUUCAUAUCAGCAGUACACUAAUGGAAGUGUGCUCGACCGUGCCACUCAGGAUAUAAACCAAUACUUCUCUACAACAAACUUUAGUGCCUCCUGGGUCUUUGUUGCCACCUGGAGAUACAAUUUUCAGCCAAAUCCGUGUGAAUCAUGA